CUCUAUAUAUACUCACUUAAAUCUCCCCCCAAAUCAUCAAUCACCAACAACAACAAAGAGGAUACACAUAGCUAGAGUUGCAUAUACAAAAUGAAUAGAUUCUGCCCCAUAGUUUCUUUUCUUUUAAUGUUUACUCUUAUUUUAACAAGUUGCAUAUCUUCUGAAGCGCAAAAGUGUCAUCCAAGCGGUAGAAUCAGAGGAAAGAAAGCUCCAUCAGGACAAUGCAACCAAGAGAAUGACUCCGAUUGUUGUGUUCGUGGAAAACUGUACACAACUUAUGAAUGUUCACCGUCUGUGUCUACUCAUACUAAAGCUUAUCUCACACUUAACAGCUUUGAGAAAGGUGGAGAUGGAGGUGGCCCUUCAGCAUGUGACAAUCAAUAUCAUUCUGAUGAUACACCUGUUGUUGCACUUUCUACAGGGUGGUUCAACCACAGGAGCAGGUGUCUGAAUAAGAUUACUAUAAGUGCUAAUGGAAGAAGUGUGGUGGCCAAGGUGGUUGAUGAGUGUGACUCCACAAAGGGAUGUGAUGAAGAACAUGAUUACCAACCUCCUUGCCCAAACAACAUUGUGGAUGCUUCCAAGGCUGUGUGGGAAGCUUUAGGUGUGCCAAAAAAUCAAUGGGGUGGUCUUGACAUUACUUGGUCAGAUUGUCGUCCAAACGGUAGAAUUAGAGGAAAGAAAGCUCCAUCUGGACAAUGCAACAAAGAGAAUGACUCUGAUUGUUGUGUCCGAGGAAAAAUGUACACAACUUAUGAGUGUUCACCGUCUGUGUCCACUCAUACUAAAGCUUAUCUCACACUUAAUAGCUUUGAGAAAGGUGGAGAUGGAGGUGGCCCUUCAGCAUGUGAUAAUCAGUACCAUUCUGAUGACACUCCAGUUGUUGCACUUUCCACCGGAUGGUUCAACGACAAGAGCAGAUGUUUGAACAAGAUUACUAUCACUGGUAAUGGAAAAAGUGUUGAGGCCAUGGUUGUUGAUGAGUGUGACUCUACAAUGGGGUGUGAUGAAGAACAUGAUUACCAACCUCCAUGUCCAAACAACAUUGUGGAUGCUUCCAAGGCUGUGUGGAAAGCUUUAGGUGUGUCUAAAGAUCAAUGGGGUGGCCUUGACAUUACUUGGUCAGAUGCUUGAUUGUAAAAGAUGAAAUAUAUGUUUGAGUUUUUGUGGCGUAAUACUUACUAGUAUUUGAUGUUGUGUACUUGAAUUACUCAUCUUAUGUGUAUAUUAUGUAUAUGUUGUUACAAGUAAGACCUCUGUUAUAAAUUAAGAGUUUUUUACAUUUCCCAUGGUUUUUAAAACUUGAA